GGAGGCGGGCUCUGUUGCGCCUGCGCGUUAGUGGCAGUUAGUGAGCAGCAGCGCGGGAGCUUCGGUUGUGUUGUGGGGCUGAGGCGACACUGAGAGGACUAUGGCCGAGCCCUGUAACGCGGCGCUCAGGAGCGGCCCGAACAACAGGUACCGUGUGCUGGAGGUCCGCGCCGUGCAGGGAGAGGGACGGGACCCUGAGAAGCAUCUGGCGGUCAGCGCCUCCGCAUCGCCGGGACACACGGAGCUGUGCGUCCUGCGGGACAGCUGGGAGUCCAUUCCAGUUGUUCCAGGAGAUAUCGUUCAUUUAGAAGGGGACUGUAGCUCUGGUACCUGGGUAAUAAAUGAACAGUCUGGAUAUCUGAUUCUUUACCCAGAUUUGCUGCUCUCUGGCACUACUGUAUCACAUAGCAUUCGAUGUAUGAGAAAAGCGGUGCUGAGUGAAAGGUUUAGGGGCUCUGAAUGUGCUUCACGGCAAACACUUGUUGGGACAAUUCUUCAUGAAAUAUUCCAGCAAUCCGUAACAAAUGACUUGUCACCUGAAAAAGUGGAGGAACUAGCAAAUAAAAUUGUUUAUGGGCAGAAGUAUCUCAAAGAAAUGUAUCAUUUGAAGCUGAAACAAACAGACAUAAUGCAGGAGAUAGAAGAAUAUUUGCCUUCAUUUUUUAAGUGGACAGAAGAUUUCAUGCGCAAUCCAGCUAACCAAAGUAAAAUGCAACUAAAACUACCAAGUGAAGACAAAACAGGAGAUUGCUCUGCUAAAGUAGAAAUUGUAGAUAUCUUAGACAUUGAAGAGAACAUUUGGUCUCCCAGGUUUGGAUUGAAGGGAAAGAUCGAUGUUACAGCCAGGGUGAAAAUCCAUCGCCAGCAUGGUGUACAGUGCAGGAUAAUGCCGUUAGAGCUCAAGUCUGGCAAGGAAUCAAACUCUAUAGAGCACAGGAGUCAGGUUAUCCUGUACACACUGUUAAAUUUAGAAAGGAGAGUGGAUCCCGAAGCUGGAUUUCUUCUUUAUCUUAAAACUGGUACUAUGUAUCCUGUUACUGGAACUCGCAUGGAUAGAAGAGAAUUAAUAAAGCUAAGAAACCAGGUGGCCUUCUACUUAAUGCACAGUACCUAUAAGUCUACUGUGGGAAGCCAGCAGUCACAGCUUGCUGCUUUGCCUCCUGUAAUUGAUGACAGCCAAGCCUGUAAAUAUUGUUCCCAAAUACACAAUUGCUUUCUAUAUAGCAGAGCUGUGGAAGAAAGGAUAGCCAACGUGUCUUUUCCUCCUGCUAUUAUGCCCAUUAUUGAAAAAGAGACACAGCACCUGAAACCUUCCCAUUUAGAGUAUUUCAGUCUGUGGUAUUUGAUGUUAACCUUGGAGAUGCAAAGUGGAGACAGUAAAAAGGGGUAUAAAAAUAUAUGGAUGAUACCUUCUUUGGAAAGAGAGAAGGCUGGAGACUGUGUUGGAAACAUGAUCAGAACUGAUGAAGUUCAGGAAGUUUCUGAGGGACAAUAUCUGCAUUCUUUCCAACGUAAAAAUGGAGCUGUACCUGGAGCAAACCUAUUGGUUGGUGACAGAGUUGUUGUGAGUGGAGAAGAAAAUGGUUUACUUGGUUUGGCUUCUGGCUACGUGAGAGAAAUCAGUGCAACAAAAAUCUCCUGUUUGUUGGGCAGGAAUUUAUCAAAGCUCCCCGGGAGUACCACAUUUAGGUUGGAUCAUGAAGAAGGAGACUGUGGUAUAGGAGUUCCCUUUGAAAACCUGUCCAAAUUGAUGAAAGAUUCCCCUAUCAGUGAAAAGCUCCGCAACUUGAUAAUUGACUUCCACAAACCUGGUUUUAUUCAGCAUUUGAGCUCAGUCCUUCCUCCUGAAGCAAAAGAAGCUGUUGCAAGUAUUUUAAAGGGUCUGAAUAAGCCUCAGAAACAGGCAAUGAAACAAGUGUUACUUUCAAAGGACUACACUCUUAUUGUGGGUAUGCCUGGGACGGGAAAAACUACUACAAUAUGUGCUCUGGUGAGAAUUCUCUCUGCUUGUGGCUUCAGUGUUCUUCUGACUAGUUUUACACACACAGCUGUGGACAAUAUCCUGCUGAAGCUAGCCAAAUUCAAAGUAGGCUUCUUGCGUUUGGGAAGGGCUCAGAAGGUUCAUCCGGAUAUACGGAAAUUUACAGAAGAAGAAAUUUGCAGGUCCAAGUCAAUUAAAUCUGUGAUGGAUUUGGAAGAGCUCUACAACAGUCAGCCAGUGGUAGCAACUGCCUGCAUGGGCAUAAAUCACCCCAUCUUUCUUCAGAAGCAGUUUGAUUUCUGUAUAGUUGAUGAAGCUUCCCAGAUCAGCCAGCCCGUCUGUCUGGGCCCACUGUUCUGCUCCAAACGGUUUGUGCUGGUAGGGGACCAUCAGCAGCUGCCUCCACUUGUACAGAAUUCAGAAGCAAGAGAUCUUGGUAUGAGUGAAAGUUUAUUUAAAAGGCUAGAGCAAAACCAGAAUGCUGUUGUCCAGUUGACUGUGCAGUACAGGAUGAACAGUAAAAUUAUGUCACUGAGUAACAAGUUAGUGUAUGAAGGCAAACUGGAGUGUGGGUCAGAAAAGGUGUCAAACGCCACUGCUAAUCUGCCAAAUCUAAAAAUGCUGAAACUGGACCUUGCAGAUGCUUCCAAAAUGUGGUUGAUAGAAGUACUUGAUCCAGACAAACCUGUGUGUUUUCUGAACACUGAGAAGGUCCCGGCACCAGAACACACAGAAAAAGGUGGUGUAUGUAAUGUGACAGAAGCCAAACUAGUGUUCUUCCUCACGACUUUAUUCAUUAAGGCUGGCUGUAAACCUUCAGACAUUGGUAUUAUAUCGCCGUACAGACAUCAACUGAAGGUAAUCACUGAUUUGAUGGCAAGACUGAAGGAGAACAGAGUGGAAGUCAACACUAUAGACAAGUACCAAGGAAGAGACAAAAGCAUCAUAAUUGUGUCUUUUGUUAGGAACAGUAACGAUGAAAACCUUGGCGCCCUCCUGAAGGAUUGGAGGCGACUUAACGUUGCUAUCACGAGAGCCAAGCACAAACUCAUCAUGGUGGGCUGCGUUCCGUCCCUCUGCCGCUAUCCUCCUUUGGAGAAGCUGCUCUGCCACCUGCAGUCUGAGGCAAUGAUAUCCUUUUUCAAGACUGUUUUGUGGGAGGGGAAAGCUGUGAAAGACCCAACAGCUGUAGAAAGAGCAAAUUUACUGAACAUGGCCAAACUGAGUAUCAAAGGACUCAUUGAAUCAGCCUUGAGCUUUGGCCGUACUCUGGAUUCUGACUACCCUCCUCUGCAGCAGUUCUUUGUUGUCAUGGAGCACUGCCUGAAGCAUGGCCUUAAAGUAAGGAAAUCCUUUUUAAGUUACAAUAAAACUAUCUGGGGUCCUUUGGAACUUGUGGAGAAAUUGUAUCCAGAAGCUGAGGAAAUAGCAGCAAGUGUCAGAGAUUUGCCUGGCCUCAAAACACCACUGGGCCGGGCCCGGGCCUGGUUACGGUUGGCAUUAAUGCAGAAGAAAAUGGCUGACUAUCUUCGCUGUUUAAUCAUUCAGAGAGAGCUUCUCAGUGAAUUUUAUGAGUAUCACGCACUGAUGAUGGAAGAGGAAGGAGCAGUUAUUGUUGGACUGCUGGUUGGGCUAAAUGUAAUAGAUGCCAACCUGUGCGUAAAGGGCGAAGACCUGGAUUCACAAGUUGGUGUGAUCGAUUUCUCAAUGUAUUUAAAGAGCGACGAGGACAUUGGAGGAAAAGAAAGAAAUGAACAGAUUGCUGCAAUUCUGGACCAAAAGAAUUAUGUUGAAGAACUAAACAGACAACUGAAUAGCACGGUUAGCAGUCUACAUGCAAGAGUUGAUUCGUUAGAGAAGUCAAACACUAAACUGAUUGAAGAGUUAGCAAUAGCCAAAAACAAUAUAAUUAAACUUCAGGAAGAAAAUCAUCAAUUAAGAAGUGAAAAUACUCUGAUCUUAAUGAAAACACAGCAUCAUCUAGAGGUAACUAAAGUGGAUGUUGAAGCAGAACUUCAGACGUACAAACACUCCAGGCAGGGAUUAGAUGAGAUGUACAAUGAAGCACGGAGGCAGCUUCGAGAAGAAUCGCAGCUUCGGCAGGAUAUGGAGAAUGAGCUGGUAGUUCAAGUUAGCAUGAAACAUGAGAUAGAACUUGCUAUGAAGUUAUUGGAGAAGGACAUCCAUGAGAAGCAGGAUACGCUCAUAGGCCUUCGGCAGCAGCUUGAUGAAGUUAAAGCAAUUAACAUGGAAAUGUACCAGAAGCUGCAGGUUUCUGAAGAUGCAAUGAAAGAAAAGAAUGAAAUAAUUGGUCGAUUAGAGGACAAGACCAAUCAAAUUAAUGCAACUAUGAAACAACUAGAACAAAGAUUGCAGCAAGCAGAGAAGGCUCAAUUGGAAGCUGAGAAUGAGGACGAGAAACUUAAACAGGAAUAUGUGAAUAAGUCUGAAAGUCUGCAGAAAGAAUUCUCCCAAAAGGAGAAACAGCUGCUCCAGCUGGAAACAGAUUUGAAGAUAGAAAAGGAAUGGCGGCAAACUCUGGAGGAUGAUCUUCAAAAGGAAAAAGAAACUGUGUCUCAUCUGCGAAUAGAGACCCAAGAAAUAAUUACCCUUAAAAAAGAGUUCAUUAAACUUCAGGAAAAGAACAGGCAACUGAAAAGGAUAUGUCAGGACCAAGAAGCUGCUCUCCAAGAACUGGCGUCCAAGCUGAGCGAAUCCAAGCUGAAAAUAGAAGAUAUAAAAGAAGCAAACAAAGCAUUACAGGGGCAGGUUUGGUUGAAGGACAAAGAGGCUACACAUUGCAAGUUAUGUGAAAAGGAAUUCUCACUUUCCAAAAGGAAGCACCAUUGUCGGAACUGUGGUGAGAUCUUCUGCAAUGCUUGUUCGGACAAUGAGCUGCCUUUGCCUUCAUCACCAAAGCCUGUUCGUGUCUGUGAUUCCUGCCACGCAAUACUUAUACAGAGGUGCUCUUCUAAUGUACCAUAAGAUUAUUUUACAAGUUAUUUAUUGCUCUGUGUAUUUAGCUAAAUCUGUGAAACAAAAAAAAACCAAGCAAACAAAAAACAACUUCAGAAUGUACAGCACUAUUUCUGUUGAUACAAAUAGAGAAGAUGGGAACCAAAACCACAAAGUGCAUGUAUUAAAACUGAACUUGUUAAAAUUACAAAUUGCAGUAUCAGUCUAACAAAUGACCUGGAAGCUCUUCUGAAGAAAGGAAGGGCAUUUUAUAGAGGAGAUUCAGUGUUAAUAAGUAACUUAGUGAUUAUGAUCUUGAGAAGGGUGAUUUAUUUACCUGCUUUUACAGGCUACUCCAACUGAACUGCGAUGCAAAAUUUACCCGUAGUAUGCUCUUGUGAAACAAAAUGGAAUUAGUGGUUUUAAAUUAUAUUUUAAAGUAAAUAAGGAAAUAAAUGCAGGUGGCUGAGUAAAUUAUUGCCAAAUACCAUAGUCAUUUGCUUCCUCUCAGUUAGGAAGAUUUGAUACAUCCAAGAAUAUUGCACUGACAGCUCUAUAUAUAGUCAGAGGACUGAAGGGAGAUGGUGUCAGAUAGGUGAGAAACAGUGUCUUUACUGGGAGAAAGGAGACACAUUUUGCCAAAUCAUUUUGUAAAAUCAGCUAUUAUUUUCACCUCUAUUUUCAUAGAGGACUGUCCAUCCUGUUUUUAUGCCUAUGUUGUCUGUAGCCUCAAGCAGGAAUCUCUGUGUUAUUUUCAGGAAAGUCAUGCUUAGCUCUAGAGGCAGCAUCAGCCUGCUGCCAAGAGACACUACAAGCUGUGCACUGUGUCCUUUCUGUGGUGCCUGUGUUGGACCAGGAAGUUUAUCCUUUUUUGUUGCCAUAUUUCUCAAAAGUCAGUUUGUUCCUAAACAUUUUCUUUAUUUUCCAGAGAGCUUUUGAGUUCUGCUAGGUCUGACACAUCCCACCACUGUUCACGUUGAUAUUCCAUGGUAACUCCUGCUGGAAUGUACAUCUCAGUUCUUCUAUUAGACAAAUAAAAACACAGCCUUUGAUGGGUUGUAUUUAGCAGCAGCUUUGCUGUCUUGUCACUGCUCUAGAGCCAACCUGCCCUUCAGCCUUUCCUGUGAGUGGGUCCAGCCACAGAAUCUCCACACUCUGGUCAGUACUGAAGAGCAGGUGGCAGUUAUCAGCUCUGGAGCUCAUUUAUGGGCAUGGAAUUCCUACUGACCAGGAGCGUGGCAGCUUGGAAACAGGUCUUUCUUUUGGACAUCCUUGCACUUUGUUUAGCUUAGCUGUGUCUUCUGAGGAUAGGUAUUUAGCUAAUAUUCCAAGAGCUAACUAACUGUUCUUUUUGACACGUCAGUGUAGUUGCUUCUGUAGCUUUUGUAAAGAAAAAUGUUUUUAAAAUCACUUAGUGUAACUUUUUGUAAAAUACAAACGUUUGUAAAUGUGUAAAUAGCUUUUAGGAGAAAAAUAAAUGUAAUUGAUCUUCAAUGUAACGGUGGGAGUAAUGUCACUGUUUAAAUUUGCAGUGCAGAAUACUUGGAAUGUUUUAUUGACUCACUCGUGCUGUUUAAAGUCUCUGCCUAUGUUGGGCAAUGGGGGAGCUGCCUUGCUAUUUAUGUGUACUGUUCCAGGUGGCAUCCUUUGGCAUCAAGCUGUGUAUCUAGCCCGCUUUCAGCAGGUUUUUGGACCACGCUACCAUUACCCCAUUAAUAACAGCAAUUUUGUCUUUCUAUGAACCUUUGUUCUGUGACAGGUGAUCUUGCAAUUCUAAAUAAUCUGCCUUAAGCCAAGUAUAGGAAGGUCUGUGUUGUACCUAAUGUGUACCUCAAAAGAAAUUGUAAUUGUUCCCAGAGUAUCAGAGCAUCCUAUUUUUAACUUAGGGGACUAAUUUCCUUCUAACUUAACAAUAUAAGGGCAUUAACAAAUAGAAAAUAUGCUUCUCCUUCCCUCCCACCCCCCAAUUAUUAUAUGAGCUGUCUCACCUUCUUGCAAAGGUGGAUAAUGUACUUGGAUCUCCUUCUCUGACAGCAGAGGAAAAUCCAUCUGAUGGCCAGCAUUCCUCACAGAGGUGAUGGUACUUCUCAGUGGAUAACCAACCACUUUAAUAGAACUACGCUUUGCAGCAAGUACUUCAACUUUUCAUAUAACAACUUUAAACUUCUAAAGAUCUUAUUUUGUCUUCUCAGAACAGUUAAAUAUUGCUGAAGUUCCUUGAAAGAGUCUGUACUGAAUGCUGCUUUCGUUACAGGAUGAUGCGUAAAUAGGGAUGGGACAGGCAUAAGGCAUUCACUCCCGAACAGAACUGCAUUAUCCAAGGCUGAUUCAGCACUUCUGAUAACCUUCUUGGUGGUGCCAAAUAGGUUGAAGUGUAAAUCCUGUUUUGUUCUCAGGUAUGUCAGUCUUAAAUCAGUAGUAAGUGUUCUUUCUCAGAAAACAAUGCAAAGUAUACUUGAGGAAAUAUUAGAGCUAUUGUACCUAUUCAGGUAGCUGAUAGAGAAAUCUGUCAGGUGUAGAUGUACUCUGCCUCACUGUAUUUUUUCCUGCAACUGGAUUAUCUGUUGCCCUACCCUUAGUUAUCCCAGUUUUUUAAGACUCACAACGCUCACCAACUAAAAACAUGCUACUUACUGCAAGCACCAGCUAAAACAGAGCCCUGCACCAUCACUACCAUGCUGACUUCAAGUCAUCUUUCCUCCCCUCUCUGUCCCCAUACUUCAGUACUUGCAAUACUUCCCAUGGCAGAUGAGCCCUGCUGCUAUUACUUCCAAUAACGUUGACACAAAGCACGCACUCUCUAGUGAAAUAAACUCCAUUCUACUAUCUCCCAGAGCAAGACAUUUAUUACAUAUAUAAACACAGUACUAGCAAAACAGGUGACAGACUUUCAAUACCCAAGAAAGAUCACAUUUGACAUUUUAAGGGAGGCGUUGAGGACAAAGCAGUUAAUUUGGGAGAUCACACUGGCUCAGAAGAAUAAAUACCUUAUUACACAUCAGGUAUGUUAAGUGUCUUCAAACAAUUGUUUCUUACACAUCGUACAUGUCACAAAUGCACAAAAAAAAAAUCUUUCAAUGUGGUUGGGGUUGUGUCACUUAACAAAUAUUGGGCUUACAGUUUUCAUUUCAGAGAUGCCUGGCUUCUAACAAGCUCAUUCAUAUAAUGGUUGCCAUGUUUUGAACAAAUACAGACAAAUCAGCUAUGUGCAGGGAAAAGAACAAAACUCAACGGUGCUGAAACACAACUGUUAGGAAAAUCCUGGCUGCUUCAAAUAAUUGCCUUCCCAAAGCAGGUUGAAAAGGAAAAAAAAAA